GCCUGUCAGCGGACAUUGAGCACCUCUUAAUGAACUUACUAGCUAACAGUCAAAACAAAAAUAGAACAGUGUAUAGCUAAUUAAGAACAUACUCUCAAUACGUCUUCGAAGGAGGAUACAAACAAGCCUAACAUAAUGAGUGGUCUACGCACUGUCCUGGUCUCUACUGGGUUUGUCGGUGUGGUAGGCAUUGGAUAUGGAAUGUGGUCAGUGAUUACACCAGGAGAGGAAAGGAAGAGGGAAAUGCUCAAGAAUCUACCCGAAGCUAACCCACUGAGAAUGGAGGAGACAAGGAAGAGGAAUGCCCUCAUGAUGCAGGUGCUGAAGGAAGCUGCAGAGACUGAUGACAACAUUGCGAGAGGAUUGGGCCCUAUGAGAUCCCAGAAAUAGUCAUGCUCACAUGCUGGUCAUGUUCUCCUGCUCAGACGUCACAUGCAUCAUCCAAUGGUUGUGUGCCACGUCAUCGACUGUGCCGUCGGGCACCAGAUUGCUAUAACGUGGUUAGCUGAUACGUUAAAUAAAACUAUCCAGAUCUGACAUGCGACGUCUGAGCAGGGGAACACGACCAUUGUCUUCACAUUGAUCUGAAAGUCAAGGGGAAGAGACCAUACAAUUACAGAUGACACACCAGUAGACUUGAGCUUCACCACUUCCUCUUAAGAGACAAGAUUAUAUUGGCUAAGUGUUUGCAUUUAUGUUGAGUAUGAAUGAGUUUAAGGGGCGUUAAGUACUUUGUUUCACUGAAUGAGAAAGUGCUGAAAAUAAGAGACAAUGGUUCCCAAACUUCACGACUUGAACACAUGCUCUGUUACAUUGAAACAAAGCAUGUUUAUUACAAUAAUAGUGUUGUAUAUAAUUCAUUAACCAUUUUUGCUAGCUGAAAGUGCUUGUGAUGGUCACAACAAUGUAUGGCUAAUAAAAUGUAAACAAUCC